GGGUAAAAUGGAUACCAGAGUCGUAUACUAGCAUAUUUCUAGAGCUCUGAUGGAUGACACUGAACUGUUUGGUCUUGUUGUUCGUUUGGAUUCUACUAGGGGUCAGCAGUUGCUUCAAGAUGUUAGAGACACAACUUCGACUAACAGCGUGAUAUGCGAGAGCAUGUUGACAGCUUUUGUUCAUCAGGAACAUCCGUGCACAUGCGCUGUGGCCAGUACUGUCAUCUGUUUCAACUCUCUCUACCAAGCAGACGAUUUACGGAGACGUUAUCGAGGUCAGUUGAAGCCGCGUUGCUCGGAGGGUGACGUCUUCAGAACAGACUGUACGGCAAACGAAGAAGUAAUCAAAAGGCGAGGGAUGGUUCUUGAGGAACUACUUGUGUUGUGUGAAUCUCUUGGUCUCCAGCCACACAUCUGGACAUGUGAUUCAUCUACAGCUGCUGAGCAGAGCAAGGAGAAAACAACUUAUCUCUCUCAUAAAACAAUCACAUCUACGAGUGAAUUUCGUGAACUCAUCAAGGAAGUCUUUAGUCAAGUUCAUGCAAGGCUGAUUGUCAACUACUACAUGCCAGCAUUGAAAACAUCAUUUCCAUUUGGACACUUUAGCCCUCUUGCUGCAUAUCAUGAAGCAGAUGAUCGAGUUUUGUUGCUUGAUGUGUAUCGAGAAAGUUUUGUGGGUUGGGUGAAGAUUGAUGACUUGUAUUGUUCUAUGGAUACUGUGGAUUCUGACUCUAAUUUGAAACGAGGGUGCCUUAUGAUACAAAUUUUAUAGAUUUAAUUUUUAUUUUUGGUGUAGGUUAUGGUUGACUGAUUUGUUGGCAUGAUUGGUAUCAGACAUUAUGUGGUAUUUAUUGAUUUUUGAGCACUAUUUAAUUUGUCAAGUUUUAAGUGUGUUCAAGUUAUCGACAGUAAUUGUACCAA